AUGUCGGAGGAGACUGUACCUAAGCCGGAGGUCGCUCCGGAGCAGCUUAACAUCAAAGUCAAGGAUGCUGAAGGCAACGAAGUGUUCUUCAAGGUCAAGCGUACCACCAAGCUUGCGAAGCUGAAGCGCGCGUAUGCCGAGCGUAUGGGCAAGCCUGAGAACAGUGUGCGUUUCAUCUUUGAUGGCCAGCGUGUCGGUGACGACGACACUGCCGAGUCGCUUGACAUGAACGACCAGGAUGAAAUCGAUGCUAUGAUCGAGCAGCUGGGCGGCUCGUUCUAG